ACUAUAUAACAACAAUGCAUAUAACACGAAAUUUCACACCACCAAAGUAGCACUUGACUACUGCUGCUUCACAAUUGCUUAUAAUCACUCUCCUCAUUUAGCCUCAUUUUCUAACUCAACAAAACCUUUCAAACCCCCAAGCCAUGAAGUCCUUUAAAGCGUUGCAUAUGAGCGUUUAUGGCGUAGUGUUUGCCACCAUUUUCUUCGUCUUUGCCACCUGCUUCACUCUCACCGCAGCAUCCUCUGCUCCCAGAGGACUAAGACAGGCCCGUAAAUCGAAUAAACUUUCCCACCCUGUUGUUAUCAUGAUUUCUUGCGAUGGCUUUCGCUUUGGCUACCAAUACAAAACCCCAACCCCGAAUAUCAAACGCUUGAUUAGUCAAGGAACCGAAGCCGAAACAGGCCUAAUUCCUGUUUUCCCAACACUAACAUUUCCAAAUCAUUACUCUAUUGUCACUGGCUUGUAUCCUGCUUAUCAUGGCAUUGUUGAUAACUCUUUUAUUGAUCCACAGAGCGGUGAGCGCUUUAAUACAAAACGCCUCGAGGGCAAGUGGUGGCUUGGUGAGCCAUUAUGGCAGACUGUAGUGAAUCAUGGACUCAAUGCUUCUGCGUAUUUUUGGGCUGGCUCUGAGGUGAAGAAAGGCAAUUGGACUUGUCCUGCGGCAUUUUGUCAGAAAUAUAAUUCUUCUGUGCCUUUUGAGGAACGAGUUGAUACACUUUUGAGCUAUUUUGACUUGCCUAAAAAUGAGAUACCUUCACUCAUGACGUUAUAUCUCAGUGAUCCGGAUACUCAGGGGCACGAGUUUGGACCUGACCACCCUCAGAUCACUGACGCAAUUGCACGAGUUGAUAAGCUGAUAGGCAGAAUGAUUGCUGGCCUAGAGAAAAGAAAAAUUUUCGAGGAUGUUAAUUUGAUUAUGGUUGGUGAUCAUGGAAUGGUUAGCACAUGUGAUCAGAAAGUGAUCUAUCUUAACGAAUUCGCUCCAUGGAUUGAAAUUCCUGAAAAUUGGAUUACAAGAUAUUAUCCAUUGCUUUCAAUUAGGCCACCAUCUGACGUCUCACCAGCUGAUGUUGUCGCGAAGAUGAACGAGGCAUUGAGCUCUGGAAAAGUUGGAAAUGGACAGUAUCUUAAGGUCUAUCUCAAAGAGAGCCUGCCUAGUCGGCUUCAUUACUCUGACAGUGAUCGGAUCACCCCCAUAAUUGGAUUAGUCGACGAAGGAUAUGCAGUGGCAAUGAACAAAUCGGAAAGUGUAGGAUGUGAAGGUGCCCAUGGGUAUGACAAUGCAUUAUUCUCAAUGAGGUCCAUUUUUAUUGGCCAUGGUCCUAGAUUUGCUAAGGGAAAGAAAGUGCCUUCUUUUGAGAAUGUUCAGAUUUACAAUUUGGUUACGUCGAUCCUCAAUAUAAAGGGCGCACCUAACAAUGGCACUUCGUCGUUUCCUCAGACUGUUCUGAAGCCUCAGGUGUACUAAAAAUUUCUAGUAAUAGGAUUCUACCAAAAUAAAGGAACUGUUUAUUAAGUACUCA